AUGAUAGGCGAGAUUCAAGCUGCUUCGUCCAGAGGCGAUAGGAAAGUCAUCGAGAGGGACCGAAGAACCCAAAUGAGGGCUCUCUACUCCAAGCUCAACUCGCUCCUCCCUCAUCAAUCCUCCCCGGAGCUGGUUUCGCAGUCGGAUCAACUAGAAGAGGCCUCGAACUACAUCAAGAAGAUUCAGAUGAAGUUGGAGAAGCUGAAUGAGAAAAAACUUAGCCUUAUAGGAAUCAAUAAUGAACUGUCAAAUACUUGCAACAGAGGAACGAUCAUUUUGGAGUCCAAAUCACCCAAAGUUGAGAUUCACCAAAUGGGUUCAGCAUUGGAGGUUUCUGUGAUUACUGGGUUGGAUUGCCAGUUCAUUUUCAACGAUUUCAUUAGCAUUCUUGACGAAGAAGCCGAUGUUGUUCAUGCCAGUUAUUCAGUCGUUCAUGAUGCUAUAGGAGAUGGUGGUAACAGAGCUGGGAGGAUAUCGGAGAGAUUAAAGAGGUUUGUGUAUGGUUCUGGUGCAUUUUGA